GGCGUCGUGACGAGAUACAGCGGCUGAUCGACGACUACUUCACGUGGACCAUCCAUGAACUGAUGAACAUCGACGGCGCCGCUUGUCCUUUUUCUUCAGGAAAUAAAUACAGGUAGACGUGCGUCUCCCUGGAAUUUCCGAUAGCAGGGCGCGAGAAAGCUCGUCCCGACAUGGCCGUCUCGACUCUUGCCCUCGUGAUUCUCGUCCCCGCUCUCGUGGUAUCUCUCUUUUACCUCUUUCGUUCGGCCAAGAGGAGCCCCGCUCCACCGCAGGAUGGACGGCAGCUGCUGCCGCCGUCGCCGGGUCGAGGGCUCCCGCUCAUGGGCCACCUCCACCUCCUGGGCUCCCUGCCGCACAGGUCGCUGCGGGCCCUGGCGGCGGCCCACGGCCCGGUGAUGCUCCUGCGGCUCGGGCGCGUGCCGGCCGUGGUCGUGUCCUCGGCUGCCGCGGCAGAGGAGGUGAUGAGGGCCCGCGACCUGGCCUUCGCGAGCCGGCCGCGGAGCGCCGUGGCUGAGCGGCUCCUCUACGGGCGAGACGUGGCGUUCGCGCCCUACGGCGAGUACUGGCGCCAGGCGCGCCGGAUCUGCGUCGUCCACCUCCUCAACACGCGCCGCACGCUCUCCUUCCGCCGCGUCCGGGAGGAGGAGGCCGCCGCGCUCGUGCACCGCGUCCGCUAUGCCGCUUCCGGCGUGGACAUGUGCGAGCUCAUCGUGGCCUACGCCAACACGGUGGUCUCGCGCGCCGCCUUCGGGGACGAGAGCGCGCGCGGGCUGUACCGCGACGGGGGCCGUGGCCGCGAGCUGAGGUUGGUGUUCGGCGAUUUCGUGCAGCUGCUUGGCACGGCGCUGGGGGAGCUCGUGCCGUGUCUGGGCUGGGUGGACGCCGUGAGGGGCGUGGAGGGGAGGAUCAGACGCACGUUCGAGGCGCUCGACGGCGUGCUCGAGAAGGUCAUCGAUGACCACCGCCGCCGGCGUCAACCUGCCGGCGCCAGGCACAAGCUGGGAGAUGACGGCGUGGACGACCACAAGGACUUCGUGGACGUGCUGUUGGACGUGAACGAGACCGACGGGGAAGCUGGCGUUCGGCUCGACACGACCGAAAUCAAGGCCAUUAUCCUGGACAUGUUCGCGGCGGGCACCGACACGACGAGCACGGCGAUAGAGUGGGCAAUAGCGGAGCUCAUCACGCACCCGGACGACAUGCAAAAGCUCCAGGACGAGAUCCGGGCGACCGUGGGCGCCGCGGGGCGAGUCACCGAGGACCAUCUGGACAAGCUGCGUUACCUCAACGCCGUGGUCAAGGAGACGCUGCGCCUGCACCCUCCGAUCCCGCUCCUCGUGCCCCGGGAGCCGCCCAAUGACGCCGAGAUCCUCGGCUACCACGUCCUGGCGCGCACGCGGGUCAUCAUCAACGCCUGGGCCAUCGGCCACGACCCGGCGACCUGGGAGCGUGCCGAGGAGUUCUUGCCGGAGAGAUUCCUCCUGGACAAAGCCCACGUGGACUACAGGGGCCAGGACUUCGGGCUGGUGCCGUUCGGCGCCGGGCGGAGAGGUUGCCCCGGGAUUGAGUUCGCCGCGCCGACCGUGAAGAUGGCACUCGCGAGCUUGCUGUAUCAUUUCGACUGGGAGACCGCCGGCGGGACGUCGCUGGACAUGCGCGAGAGGAACGGUCUCUCGGUGCAUCUCAAGUCCGGCCUGCCGCUUGUUGCUAAACCGCGGUUUCCUUAAAAAAAAUUUUUGCAUAGAUUGGGUUUGUCAUGCUUGAAUUCUGGUUUGUAUUCAUUUCUCGUCGGAAUAUUGGUACUUCUGUAAAUUUGUAGCACCAAACGGAUCUUUGGGUUGUAAUGAUCUGGAUCACUUAGCCGUCAAUUGUUUCAGUGAGAGUUUUGAUUCAAAUCUUUGAUCUGCACCAUGUGUUUUAUAUUCAA